AGCAGAUUAUACCUCAGAAGCAUAUAAUUGUCCAACUACUCUUGUCUCGCCAAUUGUCCAUAACAAGAGGCGAUGAGUAGGGAAGCUACGAAACGCUAUGAGACUAUCAAGCAUUUGGGUGAAGGACAGUUUGCCAAUGUUUACAAGGCUAAAGACAAGGAAACUGGUGAUUUUGUUGCUAUCAAAAAGAUCAAAUUAGGAUCAAGAGCAGAGGCAAAAGAUGGGAUCAACAGGACUGCAUUGAGAGAAAUAAAAUUAUUACAGGAAAUUCAUCAUGAUAACAUCAUCGGGUUGCGCGAUGUUAUUGGAUCAAGGACUAACAUACAGUUAGUGUUCGACUUCAUGGAAACUGAUUUGGAGCAUGUCGUCAAAGAUCGCGAUAUCAUUCUCAUGCCUCCUCAUAUAAAAAAUAUGGCUAUGCAGACUUUAUUGGGUUUGGAGUUUCUUCAUGCACACUGGAUCCUUCACAGAGAUCUGAAACCCAAUAAUUUGCUAAUGAAUAGUGCUGGACGUAUAAAGCUUGCUGAUUUCGGUCUGGCCCGCUUUUUCGGUUCGCCUAAUAAGGUUUACACUCAUCAGGUUGUCACGCGCUGGUACCGUGCCCCGGAGCUGAUUUGGGGAGCACGAGCUUAUGGCACCGGAGUGGAUAUGUGGGCUAUUGGAUGCAUCAUUGCGGAGUUGUUGUUACGGGUUCCGUUGUUUCCCGGUGAGUCAGAUUUGGAUCAAUUAGUCAAGAUAGGCAACGUACUGGGUACGCCAUGCGUGGAAGAUUGGCCAGCUAUGAUGAAUCUCCCAGAUUAUAUUGAGAUGAAGGAACAACAAGGAAUAAAUCUUCGUCAUGUUUUCACUGCUGCAGGAGAUGAUUUGAUUGAUUUACUUCUCGGGUGUUUUCACUACGAUCCGUUGAAGAGGUUCACUGCUUCCGAAGCGUUACAAUGCCCUUAUUUCAGCAAUGAACCGCUAUGUUGUCUCGACGAGGAACUUCCGCUCCCAGCUCGCGCUAUAGGAGGCCCACAAAUGAAGAGGCGAAGGUUACGGGACGAUUCACCUCCUCGCUUAAAUCUAUGAUAAUCUUAAGCACAUUUCGCUAUUUGAUCCAGAUCUUGUUCCUAUUUGUGAUAUUACGGGAUAAAAAUA